UGAAAUAAACAAACCGGAUGUGUUGCGUGUUUUCGCGGUGGUUCGGUGAGAGGUUGAGCAGAUCGGAGCGACCAGCUGGAGGAAAGGAAGACCAGAGACCAGAGACCAGGAGGAGACCAGGAGGAGACCACAAGACGGAGGAGAAGGAGGAGAAGAGGAGGAGAAGGAGGAGAAGAGGAGGAGAAGAGGAGGAGGUGUCAGUCUGAGUUUGUUUUCUACAUUCAAACCAGACCCAGCGAGGUGCGUUCAGGCCACGCCCCUUCAGAAAGAUGAAUGAAAGCAGCGUGGCAGGAAAUCCCAGCGCUGCCUCGUCUCACUCACUUCCUGUUAACAUGCUUGAACCACCUGAUUGGAUCUCAGCUCCUGAGGAGGCUGCAGGGCAGAACAGCGAGUCUGUCAGUCUGUCCGAGUCCCAGAAACACCAGAGUCCUGUAGAGACCAAACCGACUGCAGAGGAACACCAUGAGGAUCCUUCAUCAGAAGAACAGAAACCAGAAGAUUCUCCAACCAAACCAGAUCAACUAAAACCAGAAGAACCUUCUGCAGCUAAACCAGAUCCAACAAAACUAGAUCCUCUUCCUGCAGAGCAACAGAGACUGGGGGGUUCACCUUCGACAGGUAACAAGGAGACAAAAGAUUCUCCAGAAAAUCAACCAAAACCAGAUCAACCUCCUCCAAACGGAGCAGAUGCUUAUUGUACAGAUAAAAAAAAACCAGGAGAUUCAAAACCAGACAACUCUCAGGAACGCCAAAACCAGCAAGAUAUUUGUCCUGCAAACCACCUGAACUCUGAGCAGGCUCUUCCGCCUAGUCCACCUCCACCCUCAAAGGAUUCUGUUUUCACCUCAACCUUCGAGGAACAAAAGAAGGAACUUGUGCUCCACAUUUGUAAGUCCAAAGACCAGCAGAACCACCAGGAUCCACCUCCAGAGAACCGCACCUUAACCACCAACCACCAGGAUCCACCUCCAGAGAACAGCACCUUAACCACCAACCACCAGGAUCCACCUCCAGAGAACCGCACCUUAACCGCCAACCACCUGGAUCCACCUCCAGAGAACCGCACAUUAAUCACCAACCACCAGAAGGCCCAUCCUCCUCCUGUAGACAAACAAAACCAUCCAUCUUCUUCUCAGGUUUUGUCUUCAGUAGUCAAUCCAACUAAAGUGCCAACCCUGGCUCCACCGUCCCAGACUCCGCCCCUCACCCUUGAGGUGUUCUGUGACCAGGUGAAGUGCCGCCCUCCGGUUUCUUCGACAGUGGAGCACAAAUUGUGUGGCUUCCUGCUGAAGCAGGGGGGUCCACUUAAGGCCUGGAAGUUGCGGUGGUUCACCUAUGAGGACAAGAAGAACCAGCUGUUCUACUACCGCACACCACAGGAUGUGACGCCGCUUGGCAGGGUGGAGCUCUGCAGUGCCACCUUCACCUACCCGCUGAAGGCCGAGGGGGGCACCUUCCACAUCAAGACACCUGAACGCACCUUCAUACUCAAGGCGGUGACCCAGGAGCUGAUGCUCUAUUGGCUGCAGCAGCUUCAGGUGAAACGCUGGCAGCACAGACAGACGACCACCUGUCCAGACCCAACCAACAACAACAACACUGCAGACGACUUCCUGCCGGUGUUGAAGAGUCCGUUGGGUCUGGUGGGGGAGGAGGCGGCCAACGUACCGUCACAACGAACGCCGCUUGCCAACAUGUCAAUCAAACAUCCGUUCAUCGAGAUCCAAAACUCAGUCCACAGUCUGCGUAAGAGAUCGUCUCAGGAGUGGAGUCAGAGUGUGUUUCAUGUAGAAGCUCCACCGUGGACUCCAAACUCUGCAGACAGCAACACGACAGGUACCACAGGUACACCUAUGACAUGUAAGACUACAUCAGAUACAACUACCACAGGUACAACAGUUUCUGUACUUCCAGCAUCCAGGAAUCCCGCUGAGCCUCCAGCCCCGCCUCCUGCCAUCCCAUUGGCUGAGCUGGCAGCUCAGGUGCUGCCGACAGAGGGCAGGGAGUCACCUUCGCUGUUUGACAGCCGGAGGAGGAGGAAGAAUCUCAGCUCGUCCACCAUGCAGGUCCUCCGCAGAGACUCCUCAUCCUCAGACCGGGUGUCCCGCCUCCAGCAGGAGAAACAGAUGCUGAUGGAGGAGGUCAAAGCUCAGAAGGAGCUGGUGUGGAUCCUCCACAAAGCAUUGGAGGCGUCUCAGCUGGAGAAGCGAACCUGUGCAGAGUUUUUGGCAGAGACGGGCGAGCAGGAGCGUCUGGAGCUGCUGCGACACCGUGAACGUCAGGCGGCUGAUCUGCGUGGCCGGCUGGAGGAGGCGAAGGUGGAGGCGGAGGCCUUAAGGAGGAGUCUGGCUCAGAGAGAUGCUCAGCUGGCCGAGCUGCAGGAGAACAUCAGAAUGCUGACGGAGAAGAACAAUGCCAAGCAGGAGGUGAUCAUAAAGCUGUCGGAUCAGGUGACUGCCUGUAUGUCCGACCCACGUCGGUCCAUAUCGUCCUCCUGUGGCGGUUUGGACUCUCAGACCUUCAGACAACUUCAGCAGGAGACCGAGAACCUGAAGGACGACAUUGAGGCGUAUAAAACUCAGAACAAGUUCUUGAACUCCGAGCUCUACCAGCUGACCAAACUGUGGAGGAACAGCUCGGAGCAGGAGAAGAGUCUGAUGAUGAAGUGUGCCUACCUGGAGGCCACUAACUGUCAGGUGGAGAGCCGGUACCUGGGUGUUCUGCGGCAGCUGCAGGACACCAAAUCUCUGGAUCCGGUCCAGCGGGGCGCCAUCCAGAAGCUGAUUGAGGACGCUCUGAAAGGAGAGCUGAAGAGCGUUGUGAAGCUCAAUCUGGCCAGGGAUCACGACGCCUACGGGUUCAAGAUCAUCCCCGACUACGAGGUCGAGGACAUGAAGUUGCUGGCAAAGAUCCAGGCACUGGAGAUCCGCUCACACAACCUGCUGCACCAGGAGGGUGUAGAGCGCCCCCUGUUGAGUCGCUGGGCUCAGUACCUGGCUGGCAGGUCAGACGAUGACCUCUGCCCAUCGCCAGAGCUCAAAGGUUUGCUACGAGGUGGCGUCCCUCAGGAGUACCGACAGCGGGUUUGGAGAUGGAUGGUCCGAACCAGAACCAGGACCAUCAGGGAGCAUCACCCACAACGCUACCAGCAGCUGUGUGAGAAGAGUCGGACAUCCCCUCAUUCAGUUUCCAGACAGAUUCAGCUCGACCUCCACCGCACCCUGACAACCAAUCAGCACUUCUCCUCGCCCUCUAGCCCCGCCCUCCAGCAGCUACGUCGCGUCCUAUUGGCCUUCUCCUGGCAGAACCCUGCGAUCGGCUACUGCCAGGGCCUGAACAGGUUGGCGGCCAUCGCUCUGCUCGUCCUUCAGAGUGAAGAAGAUGCCUUCUGGUGUCUGGUGACCGUGGUCGAAACCAUCAUGCCUCAGGACUACUACACCAAGAACCUGGUGGCCUCUCAGGCGGACCAGCGGGUGCUGAAGGACUUCCUGUUGGAGAAACUCCCCCGUCUGGCGGCUCACUUUGAGGAUUACAGCAUCGACGUGUCUCUGAUCACCUUCAACUGGUUCCUGGUAGUUUUUGUAGAGAGUCUGCCGAGCGACAUCCUGCUGCCUCUGUGGGACGCCUUCCUGUACGAGGGCACCAAGGUGAUCUACAGGUACGCUCUGGCGCUCUUCAAAUACAAAGAAGAUGACAUCCUAAAAAUCCACGACAGCGUGGAGAUCUACCAGUACCUCCGCUUCUUCACCAAGACCAUCUCUGACGGCAGAAAGCUGACCAGCAUUGCCUUUAACGACCUGAACCCGUUCCCCGGCCGCCUGCUGAGGAAUCGGCGCGUGCUUCACCUGGACCGCCUGCAGGGGGAGCUGCGAGAGCUGGAGGAGCAGCAGAGGGAGUUCGUAACUGAGAGCGCGGAACGGAAAGACAAAGAUCUUGACACGAUGGUGAGCGAGGACGACGAGGACCUCAUCUGAUGGACAAACAGCUUCUGAUUUCCAAACCUGAAGCUUCUCACAGGUUAGUGUUGGUAAACCUGCAGGAAGAGCGCCGAAGACGAUUGGACAAUUGGACAAACCUGUGACAACAGCGGCUGGCCUAAGUCUCUAACACGAUCUCUUCAUUGGUGGUCACGAGAUGUCAAAGCUGACGGAUGGCGCCGUCUUUAUUCACAGAGGUCUGAUCGAGUCGUAUCGGAUCACUCUUCAUUUUAGACACACAAAUCUGACGAUGGUCCGUCUUUGUUUUCUGGACUUCAUGUGGAUCAGGUCGGUCCUCCUCAGUCCUGAAGGAGGCGUUAAUGCACCUCAAGAAGAACAGCUUCUUACUUUAGCAGGGUUGUGUUUCCAUGGUAACCCUGGAUUUGUUAAACCCUCAUGACAGCCAAGUAGUCUGUACCAAGUAGUACCUGAUACUAACUAAACCACAAACUGAUGAAACUCAAAACACAACUUUUGUUUUGACAUCAGUCUUUUGGGUUCAGUAUGUGACCCACCACGACCACCUCCCUGAACACUUAAUAAAUAUUUAUAUAAUUAAUAUAUACUUAGUAAAACUAAAUGUAACUAACACUAAAUUAAUAAACUGAGUUUUCUUCAAACUCUCUGAGACAGAAAGAUUUUAAGCAGAAAGUUGAACUCGACCCUUUAGCACUUAAGAGCUAACAACAGUUUAGCUAAAACACAAACUGUGAGCAAAAACAAGUUUUAGCAUCUUCUACAUUUAAACAUUUAAGCUGCAGGUGUGAACCUGAUAUCAACUACGUGCAUUCACCUGCACAGGUUCCAUACCCACACCGGUUUGAAUGUUCCUGCCGUCAGUAAGAAUAAUGUUUUCUGUAAUGUGGUUUGUUUUUCUAAGGAAGUUUUUAACACGCUGUCAAUGCAAAUCAGACGUAGCUGUUUAUCUAAAAAGACGCUAAUUGUAAGCUAGCAACACUUUGUAUUUGGUGUUCGUUAACUAAAGGUAACAUGUUAUAACAUGUUAUGGCUGCGUGAAGCCAAACGUUCAUCCUCCCAUCACAUAGAUCAGAUUUCUGAGUCCCAAAGGAAAAACCAAAGUAAAUCCAACUGGCUGACAUCUUGUCUGCUGAAUUAAUUUGGAAAAUCAUUUUCAUUUGCUUUCAGUCCAAAAUCCCAAUCAGCUCCAUGCUAAUGGUCUCACUUCUCAACCAGCUUCUUUCUCAAACAGCUUGCAGGUGCAAGUGCAAUGUAACAAAAGAUCUAAUGCUAACAUAAGCUAACUAAAUGAGAUUGUGGUUGUUGUAUGUAAUUGGUGAAUAUUUUGUAUUCUUGUUGCUCUGUCGGGGUUUGUACAGAUUAAGAUUUUUAAGAUUUUUAAGUUGGAUUUGAUUUUAUAUGUUUAGCAUACUAGCUAGCAUUGACAAUAAAUUUGUUUUUAAA